AUGAAAUAUUCAGAGAAUUAUGACAUGCAGGUGAUGAAAAUAAUAAAAGAAGCGUCAAAAUCAUGGCCAACAUUUUCAACUUUAUUGUUAUCUUUACAAAGCCUUUCACAAGUUUGUUCCAUCUUUAGAUUGUGUUACGCCAUAUAUUGGUGCUUUUGGAAGUUCUAUCCACGAUUAAAUAUGCAAAUUUUUAUCCUGUUCAGGGCCUUGUUAAGUUCUCAGGAUUCUCUGGAUACACACUUUGUUGUAAUUUAUUCAUCCAAGUUAUCUCAGUGUUUCUCGAUGCGUUUAAAUAUGCACGACUUCAACCGCACAUUUAUGGAUAUUUUUGGAAGUGUUAAGAAAAUGUGGUCUUUUGUGCUCAGGAAAAUGCUUUUAAGCCACUCAAUACAUUUGUACAAUGCUAUUUUUCUCCAUUCUACUUUUUGA